AUGGCUGGUCGCAUCUGGAAGAUCCUGUUGUUGGUGUUCGUGGGUAAGUUUGGGGAAUUGGGGUGAUAGUGGGAGCGGUGCAAAACAUAAAAAUUGUUUUUUUUUAUGUUUUGCACAGUGCGGCAGAAACGGUUUUUUUUGCACUGUGCAAAAUUUUGAAGAUUUGUCGGAGCAUGGAUGCACGGUGCGUAAAAAAAAUUUUUUUUGCACCGUGCGGAACAAAAAUAUUUUCUUGCACAGUGCAGUACUAAAGGAAUUUUUCGCACGGUGCAAGAAAUUUUUUCGAAGUUUUUGUUUGCACAGUGCAGUGCGAAAAUAAAUAAGUUUUUUUGCACGGUGCAAAAAAAAUCUAUUUUGCAUUGCACUGUGCAAAAUUUCUGGGAGAAAAAAUGAUCGCACAGUGCAGAAAAAUUUGGAGAUUAUUUUCGCACAGUGCAGUACAAAAGUUUGCGAAAAAUUUGGUUGCACAGUGCAGUACGAAAACACUUUUUCGCAUGGUGCAAAAAAAUUGCAUUUGCAUUGCACUGUGCAAAAUUUCUGAACAAAUAAUUGGUUGCACAGUGCAGAAAAAUUUUUAGAUUUUUUCGCACAGUGCAGUACAAAAAUUUUUUUGCACCGUGCAAGAAACUUAGAAAUUUUUUCACUGUAAAAAUUUUUUUUCGAUUCUAAUUUUUUUAUUUCCAGUGGCUGUUUAUGUCCAAGGACAAGGUCAAAAUGAGGAAAACCCGGCUCCACCGGCCCCAACGCAACCACCGGCCCCACCGGCCCCGCCGGCCCCAACGGCCACACCGGCUCCACCGCCCCCACCGGCCCCUACUACGACCACCACAACCACGACUCUGGCGCCGGCACCGGCUCCUGUAGUUUCGACCGACGCCUCCGAGACAAACCAAACCACCACCGCCGCCACUUCGGCCUCGUCCACUCUCUUCGUUAUGCCUCCUAUGAUCUUAUUUGCGGCCUUUUUGCUCAAAUAA